UAUCCAACUCAAACUGUAGAACGAGACCCGACCGACCAGCAACUCGAGAUUAAUCAGGCAGAAAUAUCAUUCUAACCGAACAUGGGUGGAGGCGCACGAUAUCCGUAUCCUAAAGAAGUCUGGUCUCCCUCCGGUGGUUGGUGGACUCGACCGACUAACUGGAGAUCCAAUACUGCCAUCAUCAUCGCAGGUAGUACGCUUGUGUUUUACAGCGUCUUCAAACUUAGCGCGAACAGAGAGCAACGAAUGCAAGCACCAAAUCGGUGGAUUCCUUCGAUGCUUUGGGCCAGAGAAUUCAAAGAAGGGGUCGUCGGGAUUCGGAAUGAAGAUGAAGAAUGGCCCAAAGGCGCUCCUGUCGAGAAAGGCCAUCAUUGA